AUGACUCGGCAAGUUGAUUAUAAUGUCCUGGACCUCAGUAGUGCAAAGACUCAGACAUAUGAGCGUCAUGGAAACAUUCUUGGCUCUUCACCUCCCCCCGAAGUCGGCCAUCGCUAUUGCCCGUCAACUCUGCCGUCAACUCUGCGACGAGAUCUGGCCGAGUCUCUAGCUCAUGGCGACGACCUAUUGGAGCGAUGCGACAUUUCGACUCUCGCCGACUCGGUGGCCCUGCCUGGAUAUCCCGACGGAUAUCAUGACGAUGAUGAUGACGACACGGUUCCUCGUAUCGAUGACGACGACACUGGUGGCCUCGAUCUACUCGAGAGUCAGACUCUCGAGACCAAGACUCAGGUGCCUCUGCCACCUAUACACAGCAGCACCCACAUCUUCAGCAAAGCCCAAAAACAAUUGUCCGACCCCAACACGCGACUCAUCCACGAUGUCCUCCAGCUCAUUGCUGGUCUUGUCGCCAAAACCAGCCUCAGACCCGCUGCCAAAAUCCUCGACCCUCUCUGGUGGACGCCAGGCUUGCAAGAGAUGCGCAUCCGCACAAAUCUCCCGCGCUCUGUGGGUGGACAAGACGUUUACAUCCCCCUCCACCAUCCAUCCAGCUCACCGAACUGGAGCCUCGCUGUUCUACGCCCGGGCAGUCGAGUGCUGGAACACUACGACUCCCUACAUAGCUCCCAUCGCGAUAAUCUCGUCAAGGCAAGCUUCGAUGUCUUAUAG